AUGUCAGACAAAACUUACAAGGACGCGUUUUCUCUCUUUGAUAAAAAAGGUACCGGCAAGGUCGCCGUUGAUUCGCUUGGUGAUCUCCUGCGUGCCGUUGGUCAGAACCCAACUUUGGCGGAGAUCUCACAAUUGCAGACUCAAGUCUCCUCCGAUUUGGACUACACCACUUUCGUGAAGAUUGUGGAUCGUCCAGAGGGAUUCAAGGCUUUGGGUCAACCCGAGGAUUACAUCAAGGGUUUCCAGGUCUUUGACAAGAAUAUGACUGGAUUCAUUGGUGUUGGAGAAUUGAGAUACAUCUUGACCUCUAUUGGAGAGAAGCUCACUGAUGAGGAAGUUGAUGAGCUGCUCAAGGGUGUUAAUGUCACCGAGGACCAGAACGUUGACUAUGUGGAGUUUGUGAAGAGUAUACUUGCACAGUAA